GUGCGAUGUUCAAUGUGUUUCUCACCCUCGUGCCUACUUUACGCUUUAUUACUUACAAACGAAGAAGAACCCAAUAAAAUAAAACAAAAUAUAAUAGGAAUAGAGUCUCGCAUCUGGAGAGUAAAAGAAGAAAGAAGAAGAAGAUGGAGAAGAGAAAGGUGGUGAUGUGUGGUGUGUUAUCACUUCUGGGAUUAUUAUCUGCUGUUACUGCCUUCGCUGCUGAAGCUACCAGAAUCAAGAAAUCACGGGUCAAGGUUACCACAUUGGAUGGAUACACACGAUGCUCUUACACCAGAAGUCCAGCUUACAAUCUCGGUUUCGCUUCAGCUAUCUUUCUAAUGAUGGCUCAGAUCAUUGCUAGCGUCGGUAGCGGUUGCUUCUGUUGUAGAAAAGGUCCUCCUGCUCCUACAAGAUCCAAGUGGAUUCUCGCCUUAGUCUCCUUCAUUGUUUCCUGGUUCACUUUUGUGCUAGCUUUCCUCGUGCUGCUAACUGGAGCUUCACUCAACGAUGAACACAUCCAGGAGACAAAGACUGCCGACCACUACAUCUGCUACAUUGUGAAGCCAGGCGUUUUCUUCAUCGGUUCUAUCCUUUCGCUUUUCACUAUAGGCCUUGGGAUUGUCUACUACUUAUGUUUGAAUUCUGUUAAGCAAAACGUUGCUGCCGCAACAACGACGCCGGCUAACCAAGGAAUAGCAAUGGGACAGGCGCAGGUUCCGGAGAGAGUUGAAGAUCCUGUCUUUGUUCACGAAGAUACUUACAUGAGAAGACAGUUCACUUAAAAAAAAAAUACAGAACAAGGCUUGCUUGUGAAGCACGUUAGUGUUUUUAGGAGGAUAUUUUAGAUAAAAAGGGUUGGUGCUUGUUUUGUUUUUAUCUUUGUGGUUCUUGUGUGAAAGUAAGACUAUGAGAGACUUGGUAGCUGGAUUAAUGAAACGAUGAUUAGUGUUGUUGGAAUGUUAUAA